CAAUCCGGGAUCUUGCUCCCCACCUAUCUCCAAGGAUGUCGCUUCUCGAACCUCACUACGAUACUAGACACCGUGCGUACUUAAUGUCCGAGAAGAAGCAGGUCUUUGGACCCCUCCGACUUAGGUGUCACGAGGCCUCGUCCUUACAGAAGAUGCCAUACGAUGAGCGGUACACGGAGUACAUCGAGCCGCUAGGUCUACUUCCAUUCAUCCAUAUGGUGACCCGGCGGACACCGAGCAUGAACCCUUCCGCCAUCACUGCUCUUGUUGAUCGGUGGAGACCGGAGACGCAUAGUUUUCACCUCCGAACUGGUGAGAUGACCGUGACUUUGCAGGACAUGUCGAUGAUACUUGCACUCCCCAUUGAGGGGAAGCCACUAUGUAUCGACACAUCUUGUGAAGACUGGCGUGGCAAGAUGUUUGACCUUAUUGGCAAGGCUCCUGAUGAGAUUAUAAACAAGAGGGGUGAGAAAUUAAGGGUCUCUGCCGGGGCUACUUUCACUUGGAUCUCACAGAACUUCAAGACAUGCCCGGAGAGAGCCAGCCGUGAUGUGAUUAAGCUGUACGCACGUGUGUAUGUGUGGUAUGUUAUCACCAGAACUCUAUUUCCUGACUGCAGUGGGAAUACCGCUCAGUGGCACUGGUUGAAGGCGUUAACCAAAAUGGAGACUAAAUGGAGUUGGGGUUCGGCGGCAUUGGCCUUCUUGUACCGUCAGGUAAUCACUUGUAUCAACCCUAACCCAUUUCUACAUUACAUCUCCAUUUUGGGAGAAGACUAA